UGUUAUCGCCAAUCAAAGUUCUAGUGGUUCUUCUCUCAUCUCUAACGGCUCCCCUCCAUGCUUCAUAUGCUGGCCUUUAAUCAGACUUCAAAAUAACAGGGACUUCGAGCUAGUAGAUAAGAUGCAGAAGGCGUGGUUAUACGAAGAAUAUGGCCCCAAAGAGGUCCUCAAGAUGGGAGACUUCCCCCUUCCAGUUCUCCAACAUGACCAACUCCUCGUCCAAGUCCGAGCUGCUGCUCUGAAUCCGAUUGACUUCAAAUGGCGUCAACAAGUCAUCUUUCCAUCUGGCUUACCUAUAGUUCCUGGUUGUGACAUGGCUGGAAUAGUGGCAGACAUAGCCCCUGGUGUCUCAAAAUUCAAAGUUGGUGACGAGGUCUAUGGCAACAUACAGGAUUUCAAUGCCCCUGAGAAGUGGAAGCAACUAGGCACGCUUGCCGAGUAUGUUGCAGUAGAAGAGAACUUAGUUGCUCUAAAACCAGACAAUCUUUCCUUUGAGGAGGCCGGAAGCCUUCCCCUGGCUCUACAAACUGCCUUAGAAGGGUUUGAGACAGCAAAUUUCGAAGCAGGUCAGAGCAUGUUCAUCGUCGGCGGAGCUGGCGGCGUUGGGACGCUUGUAGUUCAGCUAGCCAAGCAUUACUUCGGUGCUUCUAGAGUGGUAGCAACUUGUAGCAGCAGCAAGGUCGAGUUUGUGAAGAGCUUAGGAGCUGACGUGGUCAUAGACUACACCACUACAAAAUAUGAGGAGAUUGCCGAGAAAUUUGAUUUUGUUUACGACACCAUUGGAGACAGCAAGAAUUCCUCUGUGGUGGCCAAAGAAGAGGCACCGGUGGUGGAUAUAACGUGGCCCCCAACAAAUCCGAAGGCCAAAUUCUCGAGCUUGACGGUGAGGGGGGCCAUAUUGGAGAGGCUUAGACCACACUUGGAGAGUGGGAAGAUAAAGGCUGUGAUCGAUCCAACAGGGCCAUACCAUUUUAAUGACGUGAUGGAAGCUUUCCGACAUCUUGAAACAGGGAGGGCCAGAGGCAAAGUUGUGGUCUCUUCCUUCCCUUCAAGCACUUCAGUGUGCGACCCUUCGCCUAAUUUCGGAGCUCCAGUUGGGCGUGAUGCUGAUCCUUGAUGGAAUUAUUGUUGCAACCGUGCAUUUCAUUUGUUGUGCCAAAAGGACCAGUCCACCGUGAGAGACCGGCAAUCUAUCUGGUUAGAUUUUCUCUCUUAUUUUUAAGGGCUUGAAUUUGUUAACUAUGGAAGCUAAAGCCUACA